AUGGAAAUGGACAAGCACGGUCGACCUCUGCUUGCUCUGCUUUCGCUACUCCUCUGCAUCUCCCUGCUCCGGGCCAGCUCGGCGGCUUCCGUCACCGCCGGCAACCCCGACGGCACGGAGCUCUGGGGAUUCGUCGAAGUCCGACCAAAGGCCCACCUGUUCUGGUGGUACUACAAGAGCCCCCAGAGGGUGUCGACGCCGUCCAGGCCAUGGCCGACCGUCCUCUGGCUACAGGGCGGUCCCGGAGCGUCGGGGGUGGGCAUCGGCAACUUCAUGGAGAUCGGGCCCCUCGACGUCAACCUGAAGCCUCGAAACUCGACGUGGCUGCAGAAGGCCGACCUCAUCUUCGUGGACAACCCUGUGGGGGUCGGGUACAGUUACGUUGAGGACGACAGCCUGCUGGUGACGACUGACUGGCAGGCGGCCACGGACGCCACCACGCUGCUCAAGGCGCUCGUCAAGGAGCUGCCCACCCUGCAGCAGGGGAGCCCCCUCUUCCUUGUCGCCGAGUCCUACGGCGGAAAGUACGCGGCCACACUCGGCGUCUCCGUCGCAAGGGCCGUCCGUGCCGGCGACCUCAAGAUCAAGCUCGCAGGCGUCGCGCUCGGGGAUAGCUGGGUCUCGCCGGAGGAUUUCACGCUCGCUUACGCGCCGCUGCUCCUGGAGGUUUCGAGGCUCGACGACAACGCCGGCGACGCCGCCAAGAAGAAGGCGGCGACGGUGAAGGAGCAAAUCGCGGCCGGGCGGCUGGCCGACUCGCAGGGGUCGUGGUCGGAGCUGUUGGAUUUCAUUGACUCCAAGAGCGCCAGCGUCGACAUGUACAAUUUCCUGCUCGACGCCGGCAUGGACCCGGUGGCGGCGGACCUACCGGCGACCUCGUCGGCUCCGACGACGUCGAGCAACGCGCAAGUGAUGAAGUACUCGACGUACCUCGGCGGCAGCCAUGAGGAAGCCGGCUCCAACACCACCAACACCCUCGGCGGCAUCAUGAACGGGGUCAUCAAGGAGAAGCUCAAGAUCAUCCCCAAAGACCACGAGUGGCACGAGCUGUCCGAUCCCGUCUACAACGCGCUGGUCAACGACUUCAUGAAGCCACGGAUCGACGAGGUUGACGAGCUGCUGUCUUACGGUGUAGAUGUCACGGUUUAUAAUGGCCAGAUGACCCAACUUUAUGAAGCUCGACGUGAUUUGCUCGACCAAGGGCGCGGAGGCAUGGGUGCAAAAGCUCAAAUGGGACGGGCUGAAGAACUUCCUGAGCCUGCCGCGGCAGCCUCUGUCCUGCGGAUCAUCCAAGGUCACCAAGGCCUUCGUCAGGUCCUACAAGAACCUGCAUUUCUACUGGAUCCUCGGCGCUGGCCACUUCGUGCCUGCCGACCAGCCUUGCAUUGCGCUGAGCAUGAUCGCUGGCAUAACCCACUCUCCAGCCGGCUAGGUGAGGAGGAGGACCCGGAUCAGAUCCUGUCUGCCGGGUAG